GAACAUUCAGUUUCGUUUUGGCAUCCAAUUGAAAGGGGAAAAAAUAGGCGUUCAAAAUUCAGAAACAAAAUCCAAAACUCGUUUCUUUUUUUGUUUUGUUUUCGGAAGUUGGUAUGCAAAUUUUUGGCUAAAUGGCAAAGAAGGGGGGACAACAACAACUGCAGGCUGACAUCCAGACGGACGAGGAGCUGGAGCGUUUCAUGGAGCGGCCAGGACUCUUGGUUUUGGAUGUUUACUCGGAAUGGUGUGGUCCUUGCCAGGGUAUGGUCGGAUCCUUGCGUAAAAUCAAACUGGAUGUUGGCGGCGAUAAUCUGCAUCUGGCCAUUUGCAAAUCGGAUACGAUCACGGCCUUGAAACGAUUCAAUAAGCGUAGCGAGCCCAUCUGGCUUUUUGUGACCGGCGGCAGGGCCGUUAAUCUUCUGUUCGGCUCGGAUGUGCCCAAGCUGGUGGGGCUGCUGAUGAAAGAGCUUGAGAAGACCACGCAGAAGGCAUCGCGUCCAGGCACCUACAGACUUGACGAACUGCAGCCCAUCGAGGUGGAGCAGCAGCGCAUCAAGAUGGAGGCCAUCGAGCGGGCCGAGCGGGCGGAGCGCGAGAUAAAGCACAAGAAGCAGAUUGACUACCUCACCCAUGUGACGGACUCCAUUAUGGAGAAUAUGCCCGAUAUUGGAGUGACGGUCUUUGGACCGCAGGUAAAUCGCGAUAUGUUCAAGAAGCUAACCGAACCAGCAGAGGCGCUCAAGAUGCAGUGCAAGGAUCGCCGGGUCAUCCAGGUGAGCAGCGAUCAGUUCGAGACUGUGAACUUUGCAUGCAAGAAUCCCAUGCCGCCGGAUGUGAUCGAGCAACUAGACGGCAAGGAGCUGCUCAUGUGCUUCUGGAAGAUUGACGAAAGCAUCGGCACAGUGCCCAACGUCCUGAUGGCCUAUGCCCACGAGCUGACCAAGGAGCGAGUGGCGCCGCCCAACGAUGAUAUACCCGAGGAGCAUGUUAUACCGCCGCUUAUCACAACCAUGAAACUAAAAGUCGAGGUGGAGCUGAAGGAGGGCGAGACUUGGGUGGAGGAGAUAAGCUCCGAGGAGGAGGCUAGGCUGCACCAGGCCAAGAGCAAGGCCAAAACCAAGUCCAUUAGCCACGAGGAAGCGCAUCUGGCCGAAGAGGAAGCAGCCGAUCUGGAUGCCGAGGAGGAGGCCAGCGAGGAGGAGACAGUCAUGCCUGAGCCCGGAGGCGAUGCAAUGGGCGGGAUCCCAUCCAUGCCCGGCUUCGAGCUGGAAGUGGAUCCCGUCGAUGAGGCCGGCGAGGAUGAGGAGGAGGUGCAGGAGAUCAAAGAGGAGGAGCCACCGAAGCCACUCACUCGCACCAAGACGGUGAAAAUGCCACCCAUUUGGGUGCCCAACAGCCGGCGCACCCAUGCCGCUCUCAUCUAUGUGUUCUUCCGCGGUCAGACGUCCGGAUUUCUGCCACCGGAUCCCAAGCCGGAACCGCCGCACGUCAUCAUGGCCUUCGACGCCUCCAAGCGCAAGGAGAUCAUGCAUGUGAUCGAUCGACACAAGGACGAUGUGCCGCUCUAUGGAUUCUUCUCAAGCGCCGAACCGGAUGAGGCCGAAUUGAUUGCCACCUCAACGGACAAGUACGAGAGCAGCCCUCACGCAGCGAGCGACAAGAUCGUGCUGAAGGUCAACAAGGUCCAGUCCAACAUGAUGUUAUCCUUGGUCUCGUACGGUCCCAGCUAUGUGAGUCCCAAUGUAACUGUCGGCAAGGACGAGGCGCUCAAGUUCUUCCCGGAGGACUACAAGCCCCAGGAGGAGGUCGUCGUCGAGGUCGAAAAGAAAAAGAAGAAGAGCAAGCGGGCCACCGAAAUCAAUCAGGAAGUGGAGGCUGCAGCUGCAGCUGCAGCUGCAGCGGCGGCUCAUCCUCCGGAGGCUCCUGCUCCAGUCGAAGGCGAAGCUCCCGCCGCAGAGGCUCCCGCUGCCGUGGAAGGAGAUGCCGCACCAGCGGCUGGCGAAGCACCGCCAGCCGGCGAUGCCGCACCGGUGGCCCCACCAGCUGAGCCAGCCGCCGAAGGAGCGGCGCCGGAGGCACCGGCUCCAGCUCCAGCUCCGGAAGCCCCAGCAGCGGAGGAGGCGCCACAUGAGGCGCCCAAGGAGGAGGCACCUGCCGCCGAAGCGCCACCAGAGCCGGAGGCAGAAGCUUCUGCUCCUGCCGAGCCAGCACCUGAGCCAGCAGCCGAGUAACCAGUAUGACAACCAAUAGCACUCAUUAUUUGGCUACUAAAGUUUUUAGUGUAUGCGCAAAAAUUCCAAGUUGUUGAAAUGUUAAAAUUAUCUAUUUAAUAAAAAAAAGAAAAAGUAAUA